GGGCGACGAAGGAAAGAGAUUCUGAUUAUUAUCUUUCGAAAAUGUUUCUUCUCCAGUCGCAGAAGCUAUGGACGGUGGUUAUGAUUCUAGUGAUUUCGUCGCGUGUUGCACACUCGCUGCACUUCGAUCUGCACUCGGGACGGACAAAGUGUAUAGCGGAAGACAUCAAGAGCAAUUCAAUGACCGUCGGAAAGUACAGCGUCGAUAACCCUCACGAAGGCCACGAUUUGCCUCAAUCUCACAAGAUCUCCGUCAAGGUAACGUCAAGCUCAGGGAACGCGUACCAUCACGCGGAUCAAGUGGCGUCUGGGCAGUUCGCGUUCUCGGCAGUGGAAGCAGGGGACUACAUGGCGUGUUUCUCAGCCGUUGAUCAUAAGCCUGAGGUGACUCUGAGCAUUGAUUUUGAGUGGAGGACGGGUGUUCAAUCCAAGAGCUGGGCUACUGUUGCCAAGAAGAGCCAAGUCGAAACCAUGGAGUUUGAUGUAAAGAGCCUUCUUGAUACUGUCAACUCAAUUCAUGAAGAGAUGUUUUAUCUUAGAGAAAGGGAAGAAGAAAUGCAAGAUCUGAACCGGUCAACAAACACUAAAAUGGCGUGGUUGAGUUUGCUCUCUUUAUUCGUCUGCAUAGGAGUGGCAGCUAUGCAGUAUGUACACUUGAAGACCUUUUUCGAGAAGAAGAAAGUCAUCUAAUUUGUUACUUACAGGCUGUGUCACACGCACGAAACAAUCUACUUUUCUUUUGGGUGUUGUAUAUUAAGUCAAUGACUACUGCAAGCAUGUUCUCUUGAGACUUAGAACUUUGAUUUUAUGUGCCAGUAUUGUCCUUCUUGGGUUUAGUUCUUUGUUUAGAUUUGUUGGUCCUUAAUGCUUGGAUAAUUUGACGGUUUAAACUAUAGAAAAUGUGCAUUUUCAGCUUCA